UUUAAAAAAAUAAAAGAUAAAAUAAGGAAUCUGUUCAGAAACUGGUCGCCAAGAAUAGAAUAGGGGAAAGGGUUUUCACAAAUCAAAUAUUUGCGGAGAGACAAAGCGGAGGUCUCGUUGUUUGCUUGCGUCUCCCUCCUCCUCUUCCUCUUCAUCUCUUAUACGGUGCCGUAUCACAGCAUCUUCUUCUUCUUCUUCUUCUAACAAUCCUCUCGUCUAAACCAGGAUCCACCGUUUGGAUCCUUUCAGCUUCUUCCGUGUAGAUCUCCUUCGCGCCUGUGCAGAGCCACCAUGCCUACUUUCUCUGCUAUUGCUUUGGAUAGAAUGCUAGAGCCAGGGGCCGCUUCCACGUCCGUUACUAAAUCCUAUUAUUCAAAGCCACCAAUAUCAAAGGUGGAUAAAGGUAAAAUAACUAAUGAGAGGACAUUCACUCGUCCUAAGAUGUCACCUUCUCUCUACGCCACUCCCGAUGCAAUCCCACUACCUAACUCCCCGUCUUCCUUCCCGCCGUCGCCUUACAUCAUCAACCACAAGUCUCGCGGCCCGCCGCGCCUUUUGAAAAGCUCCUCCGAGGCUAAUGUGGCUUCCCAGCAGCAGAAGGUCUCGGAUGAUGAAGGUGUUGUCACUGGUAAUGCAGAGGUAAAGGCUUCACCUAGGAGGAAGUCUACUUCCUUCUCGUUUCCUACAGGUGAGCCUACCGAAGAGGAUUUUGAUGGUCCUUUUGGGAGUUGGAGUGGAAAGUCGGGUUUGGAUAAGGCUGCCAAUGGUUUUGAACGGGGGAACAAUCUUCCGGAGCAUGUCACUGCCAAAGCAGAAAAGGAGAGUGACUGUGAAGAUUUCUAUGACCCAGGUGAGUCAGCAAGCUUCACAAGUAACACAGAGGUAGAGGGUGAGGAAGGUUCACAAAGACUUGCUACACCUGUGGGAGAGUUUUAUGAUGCUUGGGAUGAACUAUCAACCGACAGUGGAAUGCAGAGUUCAACUAACAACAUUGAGUCUGAACUAAGGGAGAUAAGGCUUAGUUUACUAAUGGAAAUCGAGAAGAGAAAACAAACGGAGGAGGCUCUAGAGCAGAUGCAAUCACAUUGGCUGAAACUCCGUGAGCAGCUGGCCCAGGUCGGUCUGUUCAUUCCUAUCAAUCCCACCACCUCCACCAGCAACAUGAACCUAUCGGAAGAACUACAUUGCCAACUCGAGGUUGCUAGGUUUGUCUCCGACUCUCUAAGCAGAGGUAUGGCCAAGGCAGAGGCAGAGAUGGUGAUGGAAUCUAGGCUCGAAACUAAGAACUUUGAGAUCACAAGAUUGUCUGACCGUGUACACUACUACGAAGCCGUGAACCGAGAAAUGUCCCAACGAAACCAAGAGGCCAUAGAGGUGGCACGACGUAAGAGGCAGAAGAGAAAGAAGAGGCAGAGAUGGAUAUGGGGCUCAAUCGCAGCAACCAUUACUCUUGGAAGCGGGGCGUUGGCAUGGUCUUACAUUCCUACUGCAUCAAAACCUGUUUCCGAAGUAUCACAAACUCUUAAGGAUGAUUGAGUAAGCCUAUUGUCUCCAUAAUGGGUGUUUGAUAUGAGCAAGAGAAAUAAGAUACAGGACGUUUAGCACACGCCUUGUGAAUAGAAAUAUAUACGUAUUUGGUUAUUGUUUUAACCGUUCAAGAUUGAUGUAUAGCUCCAAGUAGCUGUAAUACACAUGUUUCUUUUUUUUGCGGUGGCAUACUAAAGUGGAAGCCACAUUCACUAAUAUUUGGUUCAUGUUAGCUCUC